GCUUUAGCAGACGCUGUCGGCUGGACCAGUUUGGACUGUUCUCCCCCAGUGCAACUCCCCGCCAUCUGUUCACCACCAAAUUAAGACUCGGAGUUGUUUUCUUUCUUUCUCUUUUUUGCCCCCUUUAUUUUUGCUCUCCAUGUUUUUGAACGUCAAUAAAACCCUCAUAGUAUACAGUCAAAUCUUACAAUUGCAUCACCUUGCGUGUGCAUAGGACAGCAUCCACCUGAGAACAGGUUGUAGGAAGAUUCUUUUUUCAGAUUUUUGGGGCUGUACUUUUUUUCUUUAAACAAUGGCUGACAGUAAUGCCGAAUGCAAUAUCAAGGUGCUUUGUCGUUUUCGCCCACUUAGCCGCUCAGAAAUCCUGCGUGGAGAUAAGUUUAUCCCAGUCUUCGAAGGUGAAGACACCGUUCUUUUUGGGGGGAGGUGUUACGUAUUUGACCAGGUUUUUCCCACCAACGCCACCCAAGAGCAGGUUUACAAUACCUGCGCCAAGAACAUUGUCAAAGAUGUACUCGGCGGAUACAAUGGGACCAUCUUUGCCUACGGCCAGACUGCCUCAGGAAAGACUCACACUAUGGAGGGAAACCUUCACGACCCCCAAGGGAUGGGUAUCAUCCCUCGGAUCGCGGAAGACAUUUUCGAACACAUAUUCGCCAUGGAUGAAAACCUGGAGUUCCACAUAAAGGUAUCCUACUUUGAGAUCUACAUGGAUAAGAUUCGGGACUUGCUGGAUGUGACCAAAACCAAUCUGUCAGUGCACGAAGACAAAUACAGAGUCCCUUAUGUGAAGGGUUGCACGGAACGCUUUGUCACCAGUCCUGAAGAGGUAAUGGAUGUGAUAGACGAAGGCAAAGUCAACCGCCAUGUUGCCAUCACCAACAUGAACGAGCACAGUUCACGCAGUCACAGCAUCUUCCUGAUCAGCAUUAAGCAGGAGAACGUGGAGACGGAACAGAAGCUCACCGGGAAGCUCUACUUGGUUGAUCUGGCUGGCAGUGAGAAGGUCAGUAAGACGGGCGCCGAGGGAACUGUGCUGGACGAGGCCAAGAACAUCAACAGGUCUUUGUCGGCCCUCGGAAACGUCAUCUCCGCUUUGGCUGAAGGAACGAAGUCCCAUGUGCCGUACCGUGACAGCAAAAUGACGCGCAUCUUACAAGACUCGCUGGGAGGCAACUGUCGAACCACCAUGUUCAUCUGCUGCUCCCCCUCCAGCUACAACGACGUUGAGACCAGGUCUACGCUCAUGUUCGGCCAAAGGGCAAAGACCAUCCGAAACACGGUGACAGUGAACCUUGAGCUCACUGCCGAGCAGUGGAAGAGGAAAUAUGAGAAAGAGAAGGAGAAGAACAGGUCGCUAAAGGAGACCGUGCACAGACUUGAGGCUGAGCUGAGCUGCUGGAGGAAUGGUGAGAUUGGAAGUGAGUCAGAUGAUGAGAACGAGGCGAUACUUGCUCCCGACUGUGAGGAACCGGCGCUGGACAUAUGCAGCCCGUGCUCCAUGACCUCCUCCAUUGUGGUGCACAUCUCCGAGGAGGAGCGUCACAAGUACGAGGAGGAGAUCCGGAAGCUCUACCGGCAGCUGGAUGACAAGGAUGCUGAGAUUGACUACCAAAGUCAGAUGGUGGAGAAACUGAAGGAUGACAUGCUGAAGCAGGAGGAGUUCCUGGCGUCGUCCAGGGGUGAUGGCGAGAGGGUGCAGUCAGAACUGGGCAGGCUGCAGUCGGAGAAUGAACGUUCCAAGGCAGAGGUAAAGGAGGUGCUGCAGGCCCUGGAGGAGCUGGCGCUCAACUACGACCAGAAGAGCCUGGAGGUAGAGGAGAAGAGUGUUCAGAACAAGCUCUUGGCUGACGAGCUUGCCAAGAAAAUGACUCGUCUUGUUGCGUUAGAGACAGAGCUUUCCCACAUCCAGGAAGUGAGCCGGCACCAGAGGAAACGCAUUGCCGAGGUCCUCAAUGUGCUGAUGAGCGACCUGAGCGAGUUUGGUGCCAUCGUGGGCAACCGCGACAUCCAACUGUCCACAGAGAUUACAGGUGUCAUUGAGGAGGAGUUCACGCUCGCCCGCCUCUACAUCAACAAGAUCAAGUCGGAGGUGAAGUCCAUGGUCAAACGCUGCCGUCACCUGGGCACCCUUCAGGCCGAGUGCCAGCGCAAGAUGGAUGAAACGGGCAGAGAGCUGUCCUCCUGCCACCUCCUUGUUGCACAGCACGAGGCCAAGAUCCGCUCGCUGACCGAGUAUGCUCAUGACGUUGAGCGCAAGAGGAGGCAGCUGGAGGAAAGCUACGACUCACUGACGGAGGAGCUGGCCCAGAUCCAAGCUCGGGAGACCGUGUCACAUUUGGCCAGCGGCGAGAAUGACUCUGUCCGGGGAUGCUGUGACAUCCAGAGGGUUUUGGAGCAGCAGAUGGAAUUGCACCGAGCGGCGCACAGCCAGCAGCUAGGCCACCUGCGUGACAAAAUCAAUGAGCAGCAGGCACUCAUCAACGACUUAACCCACUGGAACCAAAAGCAGGAGUUGGAGCUGGAGCAACUGCACGGCGACUACGAGCAUCUGCGCAUUCAACAGCAUCAAAAAAACAGACAGCUGGAGGAACUGACAUUUCUUCACGAGAGAGACGAGCAGUCCAAGCAGGACCUCAAGGGUCUUGAAGAGACCGUGGCCCGAGAACUGCACACCCUACACAACCUACGCAAGUUUUUUGUCCAAGACCUCACCAUUCGGGUUAGGAAGAGUGCCGAGAUGGAGCGCAACAGCAGUGGCGGUUACAUCACACAGAAACAAAAGAUUUCCUUUCUGGAGAACAACCUUGACCAGCUGACCAAGGUGCACAAGCAGCUGGUACGCGACAACGCUGACCUGCGCUGUGAGCUCCCAAAGCUGGAGAAGCGUCUUCGGUCCACCGCCGAGCGAGUCAAGGCAUUGGAAGGCGCCCUGAAGGAAGCCAAAGACGGAGCCAUGAAGGACCGCCAGCGCUACCAGGAGGAGGUGGAGCGCAUCAAGGACGUCAUGAUGAGGGCCAGGAAUCCCUUCCGCCGUCCUCACACCGCUCAUAUUGCUAAACCUGUGCGUCCUGGUCACCCCUCACCCACACGCACCAUAUGCACCCGAGGUCUCACUGAGCACCCCGUUCCCAUAAGUGAUGAUGUACACCACAGUGACGCAUUAGUUCAAGAAGCUGCCAUCCCUAUUAUGGAAAGUGAUCGCGCUGCCCCUGAAACCAACCAGAACCGACCCGGUGGAUGCUUGGACCACCACAACAAUACUCAAAACAUGCCUCCGUUGAGCCGAGCUGACACCGCCGAGAUGCUUGAUUCUGAAAACGGAAACACCACAGACAUCAAUGACAACAGCAUGAGUAUGAACGACAACAGUGUGUCCACCAAUGACGUCUGUGACAAUCGGGACCUGAGCAAACUGGGCAGCCACCGCCAUCUAAUAGAAAAGAUAGCAGAGAGUACCGAGUCACCAACACGGCAUAAAUCUGAGAGUGUCCAACCCGGGAAAUUCCCGGUGCAUCUCCCCAUGUUUGAAAGCCAUGACACGGCCGAUCAGCCGUCUUUGUAGCUUCGUCCUCACCUGCCUCUUCCUCUUCUGUUCUGUGCAAAGGACUGCGCGUCCCAUGACUGAAAGAUGAAUGGAAAUGUGCAUUGCCGGUGGCCAAUAGUUAGCACUGUUUAUCAUCAUCUACUAUUACACUGAGGGUACUAUUUAAAAAAAAAGAAGAAAUCAGUUGAGUUACAUUUUUAUGCUAAAUAAAACAAAUUCGCUUUCCGAUUUAAAAUUUUCAAAAAAGGAAAAAUCUUAAAUUUUACACUGUUAAAAAAAAAAAAGUUGGCAAAACUUGAAAUUUCCAGUCAACAAAUUUCACUUGAAUUUUCACGUUUUGAUGGAAAAUUUAGCAAAGACAAAUUAUGGUUUAAAACUCAAUAUUUUAACUCAUUGGUCUCCAUUCAUGGUGAUAGAUGUUUUUUUAAUUUGGGAGGGGCAAAUUCCAUCCGAUCGUUAUGUUCAUAUGUCAAAAUAUUUAUUCCUCACCAACCUCUCUGCAACCAAACCUGUACUGAAAAAACACAAAGUAAAACAUAUUUUUAAAUACAUAGAAAAUGAGAAAAAAUAUAUGAGAAUAUAGUAGUUUCCUUUCCGCUGCUAGACUUUCAUUGUGGAUACUCAGACAGGAGUGAAUUAUGCAUUUGUUAGGUCUAUUUUUAGCCUUGAAUGAAUGCAUGUUUUAGAGUGUACUCCCAGCAGAGUGUGUGCAUAUGUGUGUGUAUGUACAUUGGUGUUGAUGGUACCUUGUCAGGAAGAUCAAAGAAUAUUUGCAUAUUAAUAGAGGAAAUCUGAUCAGGCCAAAUGCGGAUUCUGAAAUGCUGUCAGGUUGACACAAAUGUCAAUCAUAAUGUUCUCAAAUGACCAUUUUUGAUGAGUUUUUAUUUUAACUGUAAGAUGAAAACUGAAUUAAAGCCAAUACGUCAUAACAGCAUCGAUUUAGUCAUUGCCAUUGACGGCGAUAGAUGCCCAAUCCAUUUCAAAUGGGAGAGGCUUGCAGCGCUAAAAUGGAUGGACGUCUAUUGCUGUCAAUGGCAGUCAUUGAGUUAAAGAUGGAGGUGCACCAAUCACAAUUUUCUGGCUGAUCUGACCUGUCACUCUGGAUUUUUGACGAACCUGUUUUAUUAUUUUUUUAACUUCACAUUCAGUAAUUACCUAUGUUUUUUUGUUUUUUUUUAAACCCAUCUUUCGGAAUUACUAAUUUCCUUUCCCAAAAAUUAAGUUGCUUUACAAUAUUUGAAUAACAAGGUUUAAGGAAAUUGAUGAAUUGAUGAAUUACUGGUGAAGUAUAUAACUAAAUUAGAACUCUAAGUCUUCCUUUUUUCGCAUCUUGAUACCUUUUAAUGCUAGAGAAGUUUGAAUGUGAGCUUUCACUAAACAGAUAUUAUUGCUUCUGACUGAAUUCACUCACAAAGGAAAGACAGUGUAAAGAGGCCAUCUAGUGGCCAGAAACCGAUUACCACACAACGACUAAUUGGAACACAAAUACAGUGGUAACCUAAACAUACAAACUAGUGCUGCAUCGAUUAAUCGAUCAACUCGAGUAAUUCGAUUAGAAAAAAAGAUUUGAAUUCAAUUUUGUUGCUCCGAGUAUUCGUUUAAUUAAAGUGACGUUGUAAUGGUUUGUUUUGAAAGUGUUUGCAUUUAGUUUUAUUGAUUUGGGUGGAUACACUGCCCUCUAGUGGCAACCGUGAAUAUGACAUAACUCAUUUCACACGGCUGAAUCCAGAACCUCCCUGUUAAGACCUACACAAGCUAAGUUUUUGUUUGAGCUAAUGUUUUUUUAAUGCAUUUGUAAUUUAGUUUACAAGUAUAUUGAGCCGUUUUUGUGGGAAUAUGUGUUUGAACCAUUUGUUAAAAGCAUUGUUUAAAAAAAAAAAACUUAAAACUUAAGCUAGCGGACUUUUGCUGUGUCGAUUAUUUGAACUAACUAGUUCAUCGAUUAAUCGACUGCUAAAGUAAUCAAUAGAUGCAGUCCUAAUACGAACACAUCGACAUACGAUGCUUCAGUUUCAGAUUAUUCACACAUCAUUUCAACAUCAGACGUAAAAUUUGACUUGUCAUUUGUCUCGACUUAUGACGACAAUCUCGAAAUAAGACGAGACGGCAGCACAGUGCAUUUUCUUGUCAGUGAAAUCAAAAUUUGGUCCUUAGCCAAAAAAUGUCCCUCCCACGGGACAUCAUAAUCGUAACUAUAGUUUUGGGGGUGAAUUGUGUAAAUACUAAAUACCAAUACAAGGUGACAAUAAAAAUGUUUUUAAUUUCCAAUUUAUUAUUAUUCUGAUUUGUAUUUGUAAUUUCAUGUUUUGCUAUGUGUAAUUCUUAUUUGCAAUUAUACCUGUAGUAUUUAUGAAGGAUUUACCGUAUUUUUCGGACUAUAAGUCACACCUGAGUAUAAGUCGCACCAGCCAUAAAAUGCCCAACGAAGAGAAAAAAAAAACAUAUAAGUCGCACCGGAGUAUACUGUAAGUCGCAUUUUGGGGGGAAAUGUACUCGAUACAAUCCAACACAUAGAAUAGAUAUGUCAUUUUGAAAGGCAAUUUAAUAUAAAAAUACAAUAAAGAACAACUUGCUGAAUAAGUCUACAGUAUGAUAAUGUUACAUGAUGCAUGAACAACGAAAUGCGAAUAUACUGUCCUCACCAGGACGCUUCGGCUUGGUCCUGGCUAUACAGCGAGCUAAACUCCUAAAUGUAAAUGACGAUGCUGGACGUCCGUAUAAUUUGCUGACUUUAUUUUGGCCGUCGUUAUGACACCAUCAUUUGAAGAGAGAACUAAAAAUAGAAAUAAUACAAAUCAAUUUUGUCCUCAAUACCAAACAGGUUCGCAUCAAUGUAAAUAAAUGAUAGUUAGCCACUAUUACAGCAAUGACACAAACGGUUAGCAUGCGUUCGCUAGCAUUAGCACAUCGUUCAAACAACCACACAACUGGCUCUAAGUAUCCGAUCGCGGGUGGAAAACACACAACAACAACAGAAAUGAUGAUACACACAGGCGUUGCCUCUGUAGAGAUAUUGUACAAGCAUAAACAAUGAAUGUAGGUUCGCAACCGUGUUUCUCUCUCUCUCUUUUGCCCACUCGCUCAGACGCUGCAUAGCUGUCCGUCUUCUUCUGGCGUGUGAGCGCUCUUCUUCGCAUACACAAGUGAGUGCGCCCCCACUUGGGCGUGAAAGCACCACAAACUAAAAGCAUGCAUUUCAAUAUAAAAAAGUCAAUAAUACAAUUGAACACCAUUGCCUAAGGCAGAACGCGAACGUGGCCAUAGCUAUUGAGUUAUUCAGAUAACUAUAGCAUAAAGAACAUGCUAACAAGUUUACCAAACCAUCAGUGUCUCUCCAAAACACUAAAAUAACAUGUGAAUGAUAUCAUAAUGUGUUAAAAAUUUCACAAAUAAGUCACUCCUGAAUAUAAGUCGCACCCCCACCCAAACUAUGAAAAAACUGCAACUUAUAGUCCGAAAAAUACGGUAGUUUAGGUUUUUGGGCUGUGGAAUUAAUUAAUCAAAUUAUAAUAUAUUCUUAUGGGAAAAUCCCACUCCACAUACGACCAUUUCGGCUUACAAACCAGAUCAUGAAACAAAUUAUAUUCAUGUGUAAAGGUACCACUGUACAAAUUUCGCUCCUUCCCACAUUAACGUAGCAAAGAGCAACAGACGUUCCAAUCGCUAAAGUGUAAAAAUACCCAACAAGUGCACUUAUAUGCUCCUAUUAAUGACCACGAAUGUCUGCGACCAAAUGCUAGCGGGGUAAUGCGGCUAAGAGACUCUAGAUGCAAUUAAUAGAAAAAUCGUUGAUAUUUUGAGUGAUCGAUGAUCACCCAAAUAGACCCCGAUCGGUCGCCAAACCAAUCGAUCGGUGCACCUUUAGUUAAGGAGCAAUUCUUAUAUUGAUGUGUCCGCUUUUUUCAUUAGUUACUUUUAAAAUAAUGUAAAAAUAAUCAAAAUCUGACAUUUGCACAUCAGAGAAAGGACAAACAGAACUGGCAAAAAUAAAUAACUUACCGCAACAUAUACACAACUUUUAUCAACACAGCUGUUGUUGUACUAAAUUAAACAACCAAACGACUUUAGAUGGCUUUAACUUCCUGGGGAAAGUGACUUCAAAUGUGCAGAUUAUUAUUAAAUGAGACAAUACCAGAGUGGGCUAACUCCAAAUUUGUAAUCGGACAAAUCGGAGGCAGUCUAUCAUUUUGCUCAACAGUACAAAAACUGGGCCAAAUCCCAUUUCCAACAUUAUCACACCCAUGAAAACACAAGUCUUUUAAAAACAUUCCCAAAAUCAAAUUUAGAACAUACUACUGACUCAUUAUUUGUAAUUUUUCAGGAAAUAUUGACAGAUUGAUUUGGUGCACCGGUUAUAUUUUUAAAUAAGUCCUAAAAUUGCACAAGAAAUGGACUUCGUACAUUGCAGUUUUCAUUGAAUCACUUGUAAAAUGUCAAAUGGUGUUAGUCAGGGAAUAAAGGUGAUGUCAUGAUGUUCAGGCAUAGAGUAAAAAAUGUGAGGCAACUAUUUUUAUAAGUAUUUUACUUCCUGUUGAAAAGAAAUGUAUCCAACUCGUUUAUUUUGCUACUUUUUAGUUCUGACCUGCUGCUGAAUGUGCUAUUUUUUAUUAUUAUUAUUAAUUAUUUAUUUUUUUCUUUUUAAACGGCUUAGCGUCAUUGUUUACGAGAAGGAAAAAGGGGAACUUGUGAAACUAGUUUUUGAAUUAUAAUUAUUACUAAUGGUCUGGGUUAGACGGAUAAUGAUGCAAAGGUUAUAAGCGCACUCUCAAACGAAUGACCUCAUCUAAUAGUCUGUUGACUUUGAACCUCAAAUGCAAGUGCAGUAGAUGAGUCACGUUAUGAGUGAUUGAUUUGUUGAUUGAUUACCGUCACUCGUCACAUGCUCUGAUUAGCAAGUCAGGAAGCGAGUGUACGGCUGUGUGUAAAAAAGGAGGUGCGCGCUCCAAUUCUUAGCAAGCUGUUUUUCUUUUGACUUUUUGACCAGUAAUGCUUAACAUAUGCAUGAAGCACUUUAUUAUUACUCUGUUUGUGAAUUAUUUAACUACUUUGCCCCUGGUAAUGAGACUUUACACUGUGUUUCCAAUUUUGCACCUUUAAUUUUCUUUGCAUUUAGAUAGUUGGUUAGUUGUAUAUUCAUUCAUAAUUUUCAGUUCAUUUGGCAUUGUAGAAAGAAGUUGUAUUAUUUAUUUUUUAUUCAUGUACUUUGCAUUUUCAUUUGACUUAUUCCAUUUUUGCUUUUAUUUUUCUUCAGCAAUUUAGAUCGAAAUGUAUUUUUAUUUUCUUGGUUGUUUACUUCAAUGUAUUUAUGUAGUGUAUCUUAUUUCUUUCAUGUUUUUCAUGUCUACUUUUUUUAUUGUGUGUACAGUGAGGAAUAGACGUAUUUGAACACUCUGCGAUUUUGCAAGUUCUCCCACUUAGAAAUGAUGAGUGGGUUUGAAAUUUUCAUGGUAGGUGCUUGUCCACUGUGAGAGACAACCACAAAAAAAAUCAAGAAAUCAUUUAUGUUUUUUUAACACUUUAUUUGUAUUAUACUGCUGCAAAUAAGUAUUUGAACACUCGGGAUAAUCAAUGUUAAUAUUUGAUACAGUAGCUGUUGAUUAUAAUUAGAAAUUAGAGGUCAAACGUUUCCUGUAACUUUUCACCAGGUUUGCACAGACUGCAGCAGGGAAUUUGCACCAGUUCUUCCACACAGAUCAAUCAGGUUCUAAAAAAAAAAGCAUAUCAAGGUUCUGGAGGGGCCUAGCCAGUCUCCAUAACUAAACCCAAUAGAAAAUCUUUGGAGUAAGCUCAAACUCUGUGUUUCUGACAGCCCAGAAUCCAAAAUACACUGUUAUUUCUGCAUUUUUUUUCUCUUCAGAUUGUCUCUCACAGUGGACAAGCACUUACCAUGAAAAUUUCAAACCCGCCCAUGAUUUGUAAAUCGGACAACUUGCAAAAUCGCAGGGCGUUCGGAUACUUAUUUUAUUCACUGUAUGCAUUUCACUAUUAGAUUUUAAUUUGAUUUACUCUUGUAUCUUUUUUUUUUUUUUUUUUUUUAAUGUUUACUUUUAACCCCCUGAUGCCUGAAUUUAAAUUGAAAACAUUUACAUAAAAAAAGCAUUGAGGAGAUACAU